CAGGAAGUGAGUUUUCAUCGACUGUUGCAGCCUCCCAGUGUCCAUGGAGAUCAGGCUCUUCCACAGAUACGGAGACAGUUCCACCCGAGGAGGAGGAGUAUAUAGAGGAACACAGGGGUCUGUAUGAGUACGUGAUGAUGGAGAAUCACCUGCCCCUCACAUCACUGGGUAAGAGGAGACUGUCCUGUAUUGUACAGGGAAGAGCAGAUGGGCCCAGUAACAGAGAUACCCCAGAGAGAUGUCCCCGUCCUCUGUAUUCCCAGGAUUGUACAGAGGAGAAUCACAGGAUCCCACAGGAGGAUCAGGUAGAACGUCUUUCUGGUAUAAAGGCAGAAGAUAUAGAGGAAGAAGAAGAAACUUAUGUGACUGAUAUGAAGACAGAAGAUAUAGAGGGAGAAGAAGAGACGUAUGUGACUGAUAUAAAGGCAGAAGAUAUAGAGGGAGAAGAAGAGACGUAUGUGACUGAUAUAAAGGCAGAAGAUAUAGAGGGAGAAGAAGAGACGUAUGUGACUGAUAUAAAGGCAGAAGAUAUAGAGGGAGAAGAAGAGACGUAUGUGACUGAUAUAAAGGCAGAAGAUAUAGAGGGAGAAGAAGAGACGUAUGUGACUGAUAUAAAGGCAGAAGAUCUAGAGGGAGAAGAAGAGACGUAUGUGACUGAUAUAAAGGCAGAAGAUAUAGAGGGAGAAGAAGAGACGUAUGUGAGGGGUGAUCAGCAGUGUAAGGAGGAGGAGAUCCCUACAGAUAUCAGCACAGCAGAUGGACACACCGGCAGGAAUAUCUCAGAAGGACAUCUAAUGUUAUCCCCGGAUUGUGGCAUAAAAGAUAAUGACAGUAGACAGGAUUCUCCAGGAAAUAAUCCCAUUACCCCAAUUAUACAUCCAGCUCUAUCAGCUGAUCCCUGUGAUCCUGAAAAAUGUUCUCCUGAUCACUCUGAUAUUGGUGCAUCUGUUACAGCUCUGACAGUAGAUACAGUGUUUCCCUGUUCUAUAGAUACCAAAUGUUUUACACAGAACACAAAGCCUAUUAACCCACACACAGGCAAGGUAGGUGAGAGGCCACUGAUAUGUUCAGAGUGUGGGAAAUGUUUUACAUACAAAUCAGAUCUUGUUAAACAUCAGAGAAGUCACACAGGUGAGAAGCCAUUUUCUUGCUCUGAGUGUGGGAAAUAUUUUACCUGGAAAUCAAAACUUGUUGCACAUCAGAGAAGUCACACAGGUGAGAGGCCAUUUCCAUGUUCUGAGUGUGGGAAAUGUUUUGCACACAAAUCAGAUCUUGUUAUACAUCACAGAAGUCACACAGGUGAGAAGCCAUUUUCUUGCUCUGAGUGCGGGAAAUGUUUUAUCCAGAAAUCAAAACUUGUUACACAUCAGAGAAGUCACACAGGUGAGAGGCCAUUUCCAUGUUUUGAGUGUGGGAAAUGUUUUGCAUGCAAAUCAGAUCUUGUUAUACAUCAGAGAAGUCACACAGGUGACAAGCCAUUUUCUUGCACUGAAUGCGGGAAAUGUUUUACAAAGAAAUCACAACUUGUUACACAUCAGCGAAGUCACACAGGUGAGUGGCCAUUUCCAUGUUCUGAUUGUGAGAAAUGUUUUGCACACAAAUCAGUUCUUGUUAAACAUCAGCGAAGUCACACAGGUGAGAAGCCAUUUCCAUGUUCUGUGUGUGGGAAAUGUUUUACACAGAAAUCACAUCUUGUUUUACAUCACAGAAGUCACACAGGUGAGAAGCCAUUUUCUUGCUCUGAGUGUGGGAAAUGUUUUACACAAAAAUCACAACUUGUUUCACAUCAGCGAAGUCACACAGGUGAGAAGCCAUUUCCAUGUUCUGAGAAAUAAAUUCACUCUUGUUGCAUGCAAUAGACAUCACUGAGGUGAGGAACCAUUUUAGUCUUCUGCAGUAUACUUCUUAUUGCCAUGCAUUGUUAUUAAAGGUUCUUAUCCUAUCUCC